UGACAGCCAUAAUUAAAAUCACCCAGAUAAUAAAUACAAUUUCUCUUGAUUUGGUCCAAAUAACAAAAAAAUAAGGUAUGAGCUGAAUUCUAUUUUGAAUUAUUUGAGAGCCCAACUUUUAUCUGUAGAAUUUAAAUUGCAAGCCGCCUCCUUCCUUGCUUAGCUGAUUGCUCAGUUACUCUGCUUCAAAGUUCAAAUCUUUCUCUCAUAAAGGAACUGUAGUCCAUUUCUUAUGAUUUGAUUUGAUUUGCGAUGAACUCCAAGUAUAAAUCUCUGGCUUCAUUCCCGCUCCACAAUCUUCAGCAUUGCCGCACAAUCGCCAAAGUUCGGCUGAAAUGGGUGAAAAACCGGUCUUUGGACCACAUCAUCGACGUCCAAACCGACAUCAAAGCCGCUUGUCUCAUCAAAAACGCGAUCAUCCGCUCUCCCACGGGAUAUUUGACCUCCAAAUCGCUCCUCGAUUCUCAGAAACUGCUGGGCCUCACCGUGCCCACUCUGCGCUUUAUGCGGAGGUACCCCACGCUGUUCGAGGAGUACCCUCAUCCCAAAUACCCCUCUUUGGCGUGUUUCAAGCUCACUGAGUUGGGAAUGAUGAUGCAUCACAAGGAGUUGGGAGUCUUCGAGCAGUGCGAAGCUGAUAUCAUCGAGAGGCUCUGCAGGGUUUUGAUGAUGACCCGCAAUCACAUGCUGCCUUUCCAAUCCUUGCAUCCACUAAAAUGGGAUUUAGGAUUGCCUGAUGAUUUUGACAGAAAGUUGAUCAGAAAAUAUCCAGAUCAUUUUAGGGUGGUGAAGGGAAGUAGUGGGAGCAACUGGUUGAAACUUGUAGGAUGGCGGGAGGAGUUUUGUGUUUCUGCGUUGCAGAGGAUGAAUGAGAAGAGCAUCGAUGGUGCUCCCGGUUACAGAGGAUUCAAGAGGGGGGAGGCCGCACUCGAGUUCCCGAUGAGUUUUCCGAGGGGCUAUGGAGCUCAGAAGAAGGUGAAAGCAUGGAUGGAUGACUUCCAAAAGCUGCCUUACAUCUCUCCUUAUGAAGAUUCAAGAGGAAUCGACCCCAAUAGUGAUAUCAUGGAGAAGAGAGUUGUUGGGGUGCUCCAUGAGUUUCUAGGCCUCACUGUAUACAAGAAGACUAAGAGGAAUUAUUUGAGAUGUUUGAGGGAGGAACUUAAUCUUCCCCAUAGGUUUACUCGGAUCUUUACCCGAUAUCCCGGGAUAUUUUACCUCUCCCUCAAAUGCAAGACUACGAGCGUAGCCUUGAGAGAGGGCUAUCAACGGGGUAAGCUGGUCGAUCCACAUCCUCUUGCGCGCCAUAGGGAUAAAGUCCACUAUCUCAUGCGAACGGGUUUGAUCUAUCGAAGUAAAGCUCUCGAUGUCAUACCUCGUCUUGACAAUGUUGGAGAAGAAGAUGAUGAUGAAGAAAGCGAAGAUGAAGAAAUCGAAGUGAGUGGUGAAGACUAUGAUUCGGAGGCUGAAACCAGCUCCGAUGAGGAUUAGCUAGCAUUGUAGGAGUCAUUUUUUGUGGUAGUAGAAUAAUUGAGCUGAUUGCCUCCUUUGUUGUUGUUUCAGCAAAUCCAACACUUGAUACGAUGGAUGAUUAGAAUGCAAAUCAAAUCAUGCAAAUCGAACAUUUGAUUAAAUUAAUUAUUUUAUCAAUCA